GGAAGAGGAGCCCUGAAACCAAGGAGUCACCCCCCAAGAUGGGCAGUUUUAUGGAAGAAUCAUCCGAGGACACAAGUGAAAUAAGCGAUGUUCCCUCUUCCUCUAGAAUGGGACAAAGUGAGGAUUAUGGGGCCGAGUGCAAGAGGAAGCAGAAUAUAGAAGAGAAAGAUCAUUUACCCAGUGAUUGUGGAAAGGCCUUCCUUCAGAACACCAGCCUUAUUGGCCAUCAGAGAAUAGAUGCUAUAGAAAAACCUUAUGCAUGCAACGAAAGUGAGAAGGGUUUCUGUCAGAACCAACUUUUUACUCAAAACCACAAAAUUCUUACAGAGGAGAGAUCUUUUAUAUGUGAUGAAUGUGGCAAGGUCUUCCACCAGAAGUUAGGACUUAGGGAACACCAGAAAAUUCAUACUGCAGAGAAAUCUUAUGAAUGUAUUGAAAGUAGAAAGGCCUUGUGUCUAAAUAAUAAACUUACUCAACAUCAGAGAGUUCAUCCUGGAGAGAAACCUUAUGAAUGUAGUAUAUGUAGGAAGGCCUUCCGUUGGAAGUCACAUCUUACUCAACAUCAGACAGUUCAUUCUGGUGAGAAGCCUUAUGUAUGUAAUGAAUGUGGAAAGGCUUACCACAAGAGGUCAGUGCUUACUGAACAUCAGAGAACUCAUACUGGAGAGAAACCUUAUGAAUGUAAUAAAUGUGGAAAGACCUUCAGAUGGAGCACACAUCUCAGUCGACAUCAAAGAAUUCAUACUGGAGAGAAACCUUAUGUGUGUGAGGAAUGUGGGAAGGCCUUCCGACAGAGGACAGUGCUUACUGAACAUCAGAGAACUCAUACAGGAGAGAAACCUUAUGAAUGUAAUGAAUGCGGAAAGUCGUUUCGAUGGAGGACAGUGCUUGCUGAACAUCAGAAAACCCAUACUGGAGAAAAACCUUAUGAAUGUAAUGAAUGUGGGAAGUGCUUCCAUUGGAACACAAACCUUACUCGUCAUCAGAGAAUUCACACUGGAGAGAAACCUUAUGAAUGUGGGAAGGUCUUCCACCAGAAGUCAGCACUUACUGAACAUCAGAGACCUCAUACUGGAGAAAAACUUUAUGAAUGUAAUGAAUGUGGAAAGACCUUUCAAUGGAACACAAACCUUACUCGACAUCAAAGAAUUCAUACAGGAGAGAAACCUUAUGAAUGUACUGAAUGUGGAAAGGCCUUCCGGUGGAGUACAGUGCUUAUUGAACACCAGAGAAUUCAUUCUGGAGAGAAACCUUAUGAAUGUAAUGAAUGUGGAAAAACCUUCCAGUGGAACACAAACCUUACUCGACAUCAGAGAACUCAUACUGGAGAGAAACCUUAUGAUUGUAGGAAAGUUUUCCAUCAGAGAACCCAGCUCACUGAACAUCAGAGCAUUUGUGGUGGAGAGAAACUUUUUGAGUGUAAUGAGUGUGGGAAGACCUUCCAUCAGAAGGCAGGACUUACUCGACAUCAGAGAACUCACACUAGGCAGAAACUUUAAGAAUGUAAUGAAUGUGGAAAAGCAUUUCACAGGAGCAUAGAACUUACUGGAUAUCAGACAAUUCAUACUUGAGAUAAAUCUGCUGAAUAUAUUAUGUAAAGGAAUGCUUCCUGCCAGAAGACUGGAGUCACCAUCAUACAGUUUGUACUGGGGGAAAAAACACCUUAACAAAUGUAAUGAUUGUGGGAUAGCUUUCUUCAAGAACAAUGAACUUUCUCAACUUCAGAGGAAUAUUGGGAGAAACCUGAGUAAUGUACAGUAUUAUGAAGAAAAUG